AUAAAUUCAAGAAAUUAAACAUGGGAAUUUUAAGGCCUGCUGUUGUUACUCUACUUUCUGUUCUUCUUUUUAUUUCAUUUCGGGAAACAUCUGCUUCGGAUUCAUUCCAGGAAACCUUUCUUCAAUGUCUUUUAGACAAUUCUCAUCCAUCUCAUCCCAUCUCUGCAGCGAUCUUCACUCCUCAAAAUCCCUCAUAUUCCUCUGUUCUUCAAUCCUCCAUUCGAAAUCUUCGAUUUAAUGAGACCUCCACCCCAAAACCAUUCCUUAUUCUCACUGCAUUGCAUCAGUCCCAUAUCCAAGCUGCCAUUGUUUGUGCCAAAAAGGAUAACAUUCAAAUGAAAAUUCGAAGUGGGGGCCAUGACUAUGAGGGCUUAUCAUAUGUUGCUACUGUUCCUUUUUUUGUCCUUGACAUGUUCAAUCUUCGAUCCAUUGACGUAGAUGUAGCAAACGAGACUGCAUGGGUUGAGACUGGAGCAACCCUUGGUGAAGUUUACUACAGAAUCUCUGAGAAGAGCAAAAUACAUGGCUUCCCAGCUGGUGUUUGUCCCACAGUGGGCGUCGGUGGUCACUUUGGUGGGGGUGGCUAUGGUAAUAUGAUGAGAAAAUAUGGCCUUUCUGUAGAUAACAUCGUCGAUGCAUAUUUUAUUGAUGUUAAUGGCAGAUUUCAUGAUAGAAAAUCCAUGGGUGAAGAUAUUUUCUGGGCCAUUAGAGGAGGAGGAGCAGCAAGCUUUGGUGUCGUUCUUGCAUACAAAAUUAAGUUGGUUCGUGUUCCUGAAACAGUCACUGUCUUUCGGGUUGAAAAAACUCUGGAAGAAAAUGCAACGGAUAUUGUUGACCAGUGGCAACGUGUUGCAGAUAAGCUUCCAGAAGACCUCUUUGUCAGACUUAUCUUGGAUGUAGUAAAUAGCAGUAGAAGUGGUGAAAAGACCGUGCGGGCUGCAUUCAUUUCCUUGUUCCUUGGAGACUCUAACAGACUUCUUUCUAUCAUGAAUGAGAGGUUUCCUGCACUGGGUUUAUCUCAAUCGGAUUGCAUUGAAACAACCUGGGUUCAAUCGGUCCUUUACUGGACCAACAUUCCCAUCGAGAGAGAAACGGAUAUUUUGUUAGAUCGAACCCCUUCGUCAUUGGUUUUUCUGAAGAGGAAAUCAGACUACGUGAAGGAACCAAUUCCAAAGGCUGGUUUGGAGUGGCUUUGGAAAAGAAUGAUUGAACUACGGGUGCCACAAAUGCUAUUCAAUCCUUACGGUGGGAGAAUGGCUGAAAUUCCAUCGACAGCAACUCCAUUCCCACACAGAGCUGGAAACUUGUGGAAGAUUCAAUACGUAACAAAUUGGAAUGAAGGUGGGGCUGAAGCAGCAGAGCAUUACAUAGGUUUGACAAGGAAGCUCCAUGGAUACAUGUCUCGUUUUGUGUCAAAGAACCCAAGGGAGGCAUUUCUGAAUUACAGAGACAUUGACUUAGGUGUCAACCACAAUGGAAGAGAAAGCUACAUGGAAGGAAGGGUUUAUGGGAUCAAGUAUUUUAAGGGUAACUUCAACAGAUUGGUCCAUAUUAAGACUAGGGUUGAUCCUGCUAAUUUCUUUAGAAAUGAACAAAGCAUUCCCACUCUUCCGUAUUAAGAGUGGGAACUGAAUUUAUGCUGGCAGAUAUAUCAUCUAUGUAUUCAUUAAUUAAUUAUCUGUCCAUAACUGUAUUUCGUUUGCUACACUAUAGAAAUAAAACAAAUUAAAGAUGUUGUGGAAGGAAGGUGAUUUAAGGAAAAGAAAAUAAAUAUUGUAGUUGUCAAAGACUUCGUCAAAUUCGUGGUGAUUUAAGGAAAAGAAAAUAAAUAUUGUAGUU